GUGUAGCUUUUGAGCUUUGUAAGUGCAGUUGAAAGGUGCGACCGGCGCGAACUAACUGAAAUUUAGAAGUACCUUAAAUUAGUUUGUAUAAUAAACUUGUCAGGUGAAAACAAUUAUUGAAGUUUAAACAGUGAGUUAGUUGUGUGAAAUUGUGUGCUUGUUUUGGUUUAAAAUUGUUUUAUUUCAAGAAAUAGGAAAAAUAUCACAGCUGUUGCAGUUUAUAAUUUCAGAUUGAUGUCAUUCUGGCCACCAGAAUACCAAUAUCAAGCAUGAGGCGAUGAACUUAAAUCCAGACAAAAAAUCCAAUUCAGGAAUUUUUCGACAGGCAGGAAAUUUCACUAACUAUCCUGGUAAAGGAGAGUUUCCAUCUUCUUCCCAUAUAGAGACUGAUAUUCUUAGUGAAUCUACUUUAUGCCAACAGAGAUCUCAUUCCGUGGCAACAUUGCAACCACCUAUUAUAGAACCGAGAAUGGCUCAGUUGGAAACACUAGAAGCUAAGAUGGCCAGUAUAGAAGUAUCUCUCUCCAGUACGCCUCGCCGAAAGAAGAAUGGCAGCAUCUCAGGAAUAAGCUUAGGUUCUUCAAUCCAGUCAAUUCCUAAAGAAUUAGCAAUUAAAGAGUUAGAAAAGUUAAGAAACGCGUUAAGAGAUAAGGAAAAUAUCAUACAAAGUCUCAAAGGGCAGCUGACCAUACCAGGAUUAAGAUUAAAUGCCAUUCGAAACUCAAAUAAUAAUAACGUCAAAGAACUGACAGAAAUAGAAAAGAAACAAGCAGAAGCUAGGUUAAAUAAACUUAAAACUGAUAUAGAUAAUAAAAGACUGACAAUUAAAAACUUAAAAAUGGCACUCGAACGACUUGAUAUAACAGAUAAUAUAGACGUUCGAAUACAACAAGCAGAGUUAGAAUAUCAACUUGGCCGAGAAGAACUUAAUCUUCUUACUUUAUUGGAAGAAACACGAGCUCUUCAACUUUGUAUAGAGGAGUCUAACAAACAUUCUUCAGACUGUCAAACUUUAUAUAGUUGCGUCCAAGGAAACGAACACGUUUUACUUCAAGCUGUACAGAUAGAUUACGAUCCAAACAAUCCAAAAUUCGGAGCAAGUCCCAAAGACUCUUUUUCUGGACUCUAUGUAGAUUGGGCUCUGGAAGAAACAAAUCUAUGUAAAGGUGACAGGCUGAUCGAAGUUAAUGGUAAAAUAGUAUUGAAUAAGAGCAGGGAAGAUCUCGCUAGAUUAUUAGCUGCUGCUCCCGAUCCAGCGCAGAUUGUCAUUUUAAGAAAAGUAUUCGAAAAUAAAAUACCAACAAAUGACGUAUCCAAACUACAAUCCGAAUUAGAAUCGUUAAGAAUAAAAGCCGAUGAGACUCAAAAAGUGAAAGAAGGACUUAAGUCAGAUAAUAUUAGGUUGACGCAUAGGAUCUCAUACUUAGAAGAACAAGUGUCGGAACUUCUAAAUAGAAAAUCAGUUGAAGCCAACAUGCGCGUACUCUCUCCUCCUCCUCCAAUGAUCUCGAAGUCGAACCAAAAUGUUACUAACAUUAAUAUAAGAACUAAUUCUCCUACUAACUCAUCAACCACAAACUCAGAUGUACACGUAUUUCAAAAAGGCAAUCAAAUGGCAGCACUCUCUAAUGACACAAAAGAACCUUCUUCAAUACCGAGUAGAUCCAAAAGUAGCUUGUCAAACGUAUCGAAUACUCAUAUUCCCUCCCUCACCUCUGAGUACUGUCAAAAAAUGAUCCACACCAGGCACAAACACAAAUCUUCAAGAAAUGGAGUUCAAAGUCCCAUUGGAAACAUGUCUGGAAAUGAAAAGAUGACGUACAGAAAACACGCACAUCAUCACCAUCACAGAGAAAAGGACUACAGUUCUGAAACUAAUUCAGGAAUAGACAUAAGGCGGUACAAUAAAAAGAACGAUAACAGGUACUCAGCAGACUUUGCCAAAGCAAACUCUGAGAAAGAGUAUUCAAGUGAUAUAAUGGACCAAAGUUACAAAAAAGCUACACAGAUAGUACAGGAACUUACUCGAAACAGAGAUGCCAGUUUAUAUGAAAAACAUCGUCAAAAGUGUAUAACCGCUUCGGAAAAAUAUAAUGCUGAAAUUUUACGGCACUAUAACGCUCGCAAAUCGACUUCUGUCCUAGAUUUUCGAUCAGAAAUCCAUAUUGGACCGAAGUACGAGUCAAAACAUAUGGAUUAUCCAGAAGAUAAUCCUAACCCGGACAUUAUAUACAGAAGAAUGGAUGCAAGAAGUGUUAAAUCUUUAGACUUUGAUAGCGACUGUAACUCCACCGCACAUUCUAGAUUUAAUGGCAAUUCUAUAGACUACACUUCGGAACCGAACAAUGACAAAAAAAUGUACUACGCUAACGGCCACGAGCAAUUGAAGCCUCGACCUACUCCACCCAAAAAGCCUCUUAGACUCUCGUUACAUAAAACGCAUAGUUUACAAUCUGUGGAGACAAACUCGGACUGUCAAGCAAGACAUGAAAGGAAAUGUAUGAAGAGGAACUAUAAAGGAGAUAACCCAGUCAGUAUUAAAGUCCAUGAACAAAACGGCAACAGCAACCAACUUUUAAAAUGGAAUUAUAGAAGAAGUCUUGAAAAUAGUUUGGAGAAUGGUAGCUGGUGUUAAUGUUUGUUUUUAUUAUCAAUAAGAAGAUUUAAUAUAGAUAUUAUUUUUAUUUGUGCUAAAUGUUUUAUGUCUUAAGAAUUUUUGGAAUUUUUUAUUAAAAUGUAAAAUAUAAAAACAAUAUAGUAUGCAACCAGAACUACGCAUAAAUUUUAGAAGAUUUAUUAUGUGCAGCUAUCAGCUAUAAAACAUUGUCUAUUGUAUGUUUGAAAUAAAAUGGAAUAUUUUACCUUACUAUCUGCAGUAGGUGUGAGGUGAGCAUUAGGGAAUCUCUUUGUCAGGGACAUUAGUUAAUUUAAAUACACAGGGUGUCCAGAAACUCUACCGACAAACGAAGACAGGAGAUUCCUCAUACAAUUUUAAGACAUUUUAACCCAAUUCAUCUAAUAGUCCGAAAAUGCUUCAAGGGAGCUAGAUCUCUUUGAAGAUGGCGCCAUGUUAUUAGUUUUUCUUAAAUAUCUCCACAACGCUUCUAUUUAGAAAAACGAAAAUUAGUACGUGUGUUUAUCUUCCAGAGAUAAAUCGGUUUCAUCUAUUGUGAAUUUCUAGUACCGGUCAUAGGCGUCCGUUUUGGGUAGGGCAACGGUUAUUUUAUCGCGGAUCUUUUUUGUCUUUAACUUUUAAGCAUUUUUGAUACUGGAUUAUUAAAUUGUGAGGUAUUCUAGUACUAAAAGGUACUCUUGAUUUAAGUCGGUAGGACCCACCGUCUUCUAGAAAAAUCGAUUUAAAAAUUUUUCGUUUUUUGAAUUUGAGAAAAAAAUUAAAAAAUUAACAAAAAAACGGUGUAUUUUACCAACUUAAAGCAAGAGUAACUUUUAGUACUAGAAUACUUCAUAAUUUAAUAAUCUAAAGUCAAGAAUUCUUAAAAAUUUAAGACUCUCAAUGAAAAAAAGCGAUAUAUGCGAUAAAAUAUCCGUUGACCUACCCAAAACGAACACAUAUGAUCGGUACUAGAAAUUCGCAAAUAAUGAAAUCGAUUCAUCUCUGGAAUAUAAAUAAACGAACCAGUUUUCCUUUUUCUAAAUAGUUUUUUUUAAUUUUUUUUUGAAAGUUCAAAAGAGGAAAAAUUUUCAAAUCAAUUUUUCUAGAAAACGGUGUGUCCUACCGACCUAAAGUAAGUAUACCUUUUAGUACUAAAAUUCCUUACAAUUUAAUAAUCCAGUAUCAAAUAUGCUUAAAAGUUAACAACAUAAAAGUUAUGCGAUAAAAUAACCGUUGCCCUACCCAAAACGGACGCCUAUGACCGACACUAGAAAUUCACAAUAAAUGUAAUCCAUUUACCUCUAGAAGAUAAAUAUGCGUACCAAUUUUCAAUUUUCUAAAUAAAGGCGUUCUGGAGUUAUUUAAGAAAAACUAAUUACAAGACGCCAUCUUCAAAGGGCUCUAGCUCCCUUAGGAAGCAUUUUCGGACAAGAUGAAUUGGGCUAAAAUGUCUUAAAUUUAUCUGAGGAAUCUCCUGUCUUCGUUUGUCGGUAGAGUUUCUGGACACCCUGUAUAUAUUUUAGAAUCUUUAACUACUAAACACAGUUUGUAAUACUGGGGAACAAUUUGGUUGAACAAUAACAUAAAGAACACAAAAACCAUGGUUAUCAGUAAGAGCGGCAAAGUCAUUCAUAAUCAAGGAUUCAGAUAAAACAUGAAGAUAUUGAACAAGUGGACAAAAUGAAAUACUUAAAAGUCUGAAUUACGGAAGAUGAAAUCAAAAAUUCGAUCAAGAAUAGAUCAAACAAGAGCAGCGUAUUUGAAGAUAAGGAAAUUUCUGAGUAACCAAAUACUGAAUCUGCAAAUCCGAUAUCGGAUGGUAAAAUGUUUUAUCCACUCUAUUCUUCUUUACGGUGUUGAAGCCUGGACUGUUAAUGUUGACUUAAUGAGAAAGCUGGAAGCUUUUGAGAUGUGGCUUUUUAGGAGACUUUUAUAAUUACCACGCACCGAUUAUAUUACAAACGAAAUGGUGUUGCAGAGAAUGGGAAGAGACAGAGACCUUUUGACCACCAUUAAAAGGCGAAAGACAGCAUAUUUGUGGUACAUACUUAUAAAUGAUAAGUACGAGUUGUUGCAGCUCAUUAUGAAGGGUAAGAUCGAAUGAAAAGGGGGUCCUGGUAGACCACAAAUAUCCUGGCGAAAAAACAUUCGCGACUUAAACGGACUGUGUGUUUAACCCGGACCGGGUUAAACACAAAGACGCUUUUAAGAAAAGCAGAAGAUACAAACGAAUUUGCAAUGGUUAUAGCUAACCUUCAUAGUAUACUCGGCACUAGAAGAGGAAGAAGAAUCUUUAAGAAACUGCACCAUUUAUAGUUCUCCUAUUGAAGCUUAGUGCCUAUACGAGCACGAGCAACAUUUAAAGAUAAAAAUAUGUUUUAAUUUGAAGUCUACUAAUUACGUUCAUGUUAAAUUUUAAUGAGAAUGUCAAUUUUGGGGUUCUAAAAAUGUAGCAAAAAAGUUUGCCGCUCUUAUCGACAGGCUUCCCCUUAAAACCCAACUCUCGUAGGGGGAGAAAACGAAAAGCAUCGAUUUACCAAUAAUCUGUACUUCCUAGAUGUAUGUUUAAAAAAAAUGUAGCUGUGCACUUUUUGUGUAGAAUGAAUGAACCGUUCUCUCAGAAACAACGCUUGAAGCGACCGGCGAUUUUGGAUGUCAGUUACUCGCGCGAACUCAAUUUUUUAAAUAAAAUGUGUAUCAACACAAUGGUAAAAAUUCAAUAUUUUUUGAUUAGGGUAUCCUAUUGACAAUAAACAUAUCAGUAGACCAAUAUGCAUAUCUUGGAACAAUGAUCAACUCCACAAAUGAUUAAUUCCAGGAGAUUAAAAUUAGAGUAGAAAAGGCAAGAGCAAAUUUUAACAAAAUGAGAAAAGUGCUCUGCACAAGAGAUCUAAAGAUAGAGCUAAGAGUAAGGUUGGCUAAGUGGUACGUUUUCUCGACUUUGUUUUACGGAAUAGAAGCUUGGACCUUGAAUGCGGCAUCAAUGAAAAAAUUGGAAUCAUUGGAGUUGUGAGUGUAUAGAAGAAUUCUGAAAAUAUCAUGGACAGAACACGUCACAAACAAAGAGGUUCUAAGAAAGAAAUGGAAGUCUUAAAUACAAUCAAAACCAGAAAAUUGGAAUAUCUCGGACAUAUUACACGUCGAGAGAGAUACAUUUUGCUCCAACUCAUUAUGCAAGGAAAGAUUCAAGGAAAAAGAAGCAUAGGGAGAUGCAGAAUAUCGUGGCUGCACAACCUGAGAGAAUGGUACGGAUGUACACCAAACGAACUUUUCAGAGCAGCCGUCUCCAAAGUCCGAGUAGCUAUAAUGAUUGCCGACCUCCGUCGCGGAGAUGGCACUUGAAGAAGAAGAUUGACAAUAAUCAAUAUGCGUUUUAAAGGUGAAGAGUGUAGCUUUCGUAUGCAAUUUUUUUAUUUUGUCGCAAAUGAAGUCAGUUUCUAUAAAGUUGUUAUAUAAGCAGACGUUGCGCGAUUUUUGCCAUUUUUCACGAUUCACAUGAUAUCAACAAAAUUUAUCACUUCCAUUGACCUGUCGCUGUGAAAUUUCCAUUGUUCCAUUUUGACAGUAAGUAGAAAGAAUUUGAAAUGUGCCUAAAAAACGCCGAAUUUAAAGUUUCACAUUCUAAAUUCUAAACGAUCUCACGUCACGGGAAAUAAUUUUGUGAAGACGUGUUUGGAUGGAAUUUGUUGCUGAAAUUGUGUAGUUUCGAAAAACGUCCUUGUGCAAUCGAAAAAAAAGUGGUUAUAAAGUUCUAAUAGUAACUUGGAUCUCUUUAUUUGUUUGUUACCACCUGCUGCAGACUAUUUUAUAAGUUAAAAUCACUUUUCAUUUCAUUAAAAAUCAACAAUAGAUUUGUACUAUAAUUUUUGUACAGUAAUUGGUACAAAAUAAAAAUAAAAGGUGUAAAUUAAAUUUACAUUAGAAGAAUCUUAAAGAAAUAUUGUCACUUUUAUUAUCAAAAUUUUACUAAAAAAACAAUAUAUUUUCAGGAUAAUAGCAUUUUUUAUUAUUUGCAAUAACUUGUUUCUAAGCAAAAAUAAAUUUAUUUUCAUUUGAAGUUAUAUACAAAAGUAUUAGAUGAGGACAAUACAAUCUCUUCGCCUUUAACAUAAUCAAAAAAGUGUUUUUACAGAUAUGUACCGGAAAACAGAAUUUUAAAAAUUUUCCAUUUUUAUGCUUAAGAGGCAACAUCAGCGCGCGGAAAACGCGUUCCAAGAUUGGAGUUUUAAUUUUAAAUAUUUUUUCGAGAUAUUUGGCACACAUAUUCGUAAUAUAGUAAAGAGCGGCGGUACAUAGCCCAAUUUGAGAAAUAUGUUAGUAUGUGGAAAUUACUCUAUAAUUAAAUAAAAUAUUACAAAAACGAGCCUGUACCGCCAUUAAGAAGAACAAAAAAAUACACUUUCUUCAAAUAAACUUUUUUAUCCAAUGCCUACAUUUUGUGUCAUAUUGGAAUUACUAAAAAUCGAUUAUCUAUAACAAGAAAUCGAACUUGAAUGACGGCAACGUUUAGCGCGCCUAUGAGGAUAAUAAUUAUUGUUAUCAUAAUGUUGUGCCUGCAUUUUUGAUAAUAUAGCGUCACUGUCACUGUCGUACUGCCGACGCACUGUUGAAAGUUCGCAGAACUUUCGAAAAAAACAAUAUUGAUAACGCGCUGAUGUAUUCUCUUAAGAAGCAGAUGCUUAAAACUGUUGCAUCUUAACUUUUGUUACAUAUUUGCUCGUUUUUAUAGGUGUUUUUCUUUUUUUUUUUUAAGUGACACAGAUUAAUGUCGAUGACAACAGCCGUUUCUGUCUUCUUUUUUACUUUAAAGCAGUAGCGGAAUGCAUAAAUACCUGUCUUUUUUUUUCUAAAAAAACGUAGGUACUAGACGUGCAUAAUAUGCCUCCCUCUGACGUGGGGAACUAAUGCUGAUUGCAUAAGUAAACUUAUAAAAGGAAAAACGUAGAGAUUGAGAUUUUCUUGCAAUAAAAAUUCUAAUAUGCAAUGUUUUUAUUUCUAUAAAUAGUUGACUGACCAGAUUAUACAGAGAAAUAGUUUAUUUUAUUUUUGUAUAUAAAAAUAAAUUUUGUGAAACAAUU